AAAAUGUCGUGUAACCCGACAAUCAGCGCGAAUCGAUUCAUAUGUCGCUAAUAUCGCGAUACGACGAGCGCGAAACGUGUUCCCAGCUCUCUCUAUCUUUUUCCUUCUCUCUCCCAGAGAGAGCGAUAUCUGUUUGUUUCGUGUUAUCAUCCGAGCGCGUCCUUGCGCGAUCGCGCGGUGCCAACGUCUCGCGAUGUCGGAAAUUUUGUCUGUCACGCAGGUCCUAUCGUUCUUUGUUGCUCGUCGCUACUCGUUAUUCGACCAUUUGGCAGGUUACUCGCGGUUUCUCGCAUAUAGGAUGAGUUGCGCGAUUUAGCUCUUCUAGAAUCGCGUCGGGUAGACAAAGAUUUUGAGUGACCGUUGCCCAAGGACGGAGAAGAUAUACCGUGUCGCGACCGUAUCGGUCUUUUUAUUUUGACACGCAAUAAACACACGGUUACCACCGUGUGCAAUUUCGCAAACGUAGACGCAGCCAUUGCUUAUUGGGCUUAGAUAUACGCACGACUCGCAACGGAAUGGUCACGCGAGAAAAUACACGUCUAAUUCCAGAUCCGAGUGCGUGGAGCAUUUGAACCAAAGGUAGUCGAGUAAUUUCGUAUUAUCUUGUACCCAUUUUGGCCACACAAAAUUCACUGAUCAUGAGUUGCGUGCGUUGCUGCUUGAUUAGUGCAAGUCGCUUGGCAUCUUCUAAUCAUAUCAACAAUCAUGUACAUAAAAUUAUAAGAAUUGUGGCUACUAGAACUCUGACAACCAGUGGCAGCUUAGGAAAAACUCCAACCGAACCUACACCACCUUCCAAGGAUACAUAUACCACAUCUGGUGGAUCUUCUAGUGGCACUGGUGGUGGAAAGAAAAGUACAUUAACCUGUCCUAAAUGUGGAGAUCCUUGUACACAUGUAGAAACAUUUGUAUCCUCUACAAGAUUUGUUAAGUGUGAGAAAUGUCAUCAUUUCUUCGUUGUCCUCUCGGAUACUGAUUCAAAGAGGAGUUUAAAAGAACCACUAAGGCCAGAAGAUGGUAAGCAAGGAGGAUACAGAAAGCCACCUCCUCCUCCAAAAAAGAUAUUUGAGUAUCUGAAUAAACAUGUUGUGGGACAAGAAUAUGCUAAGAAAGUGCUAAGUGUUGCUGUUUAUAACCAUUAUAAACGAAUUUAUAAUAACUUGCCAAUACAAAAUUUAGUACAAACCAGUACUCAUACAGUUGGCACACAGGAAACAAAUCAUCCCUUCACUCAUAGAGGUCUCAAACCACAUUUACUACAUAUUUCGGGUGUUGGAAAUCCACUGGGAGUUGGAUAUCAACAUGUUAAUGUAGGAAGUGAACACAAAUCAUCAGGCAGUCAGUCUGUCCCUGGGUCAGAUAUCUUAGAUAGCAAGCAGCAUCAAUUGAAACUAGAGAAAAGUAACAUAUUGUUACUUGGUCCUACAGGCAGUGGAAAAACAUUACUUGCGCAGACAAUAGCGCAAUGUUUAGAUGUCCCAUUUGCUAUCUGUGAUUGCACUACUUUGACGCAGGCUGGCUAUGUUGGCGAAGACAUAGAAAGUGUUAUAGCUAAACUCCUUCAAGAUGCUAAUUAUGUAGUAGAUCGAGCUCAAAUGGGGAUUGUUUUUCUGGAUGAAGUCGAUAAAAUAGGAGCUGUUCCCGGAAUCCAUCAAUUACGAGAUGUUGGUGGAGAAGGAGUACAACAAGGAAUGUUAAAGAUGUUGGAAGGAACGAUUGUAAAUGUACCAGAAAGGAAUAGUUCCAGAAAGCUUCGCGGAGAAACGUUACAGGUGGACACGACAAAUAUACUUUUUGUCGCAUCGGGAGCUUACAAUGGUUUAGACAGGCUUAUUUCACGGCGUAAAACUGAAAAAUAUCUUGGAUUUGGCGCGAAACCCGCGGCUGAAAGUCCAGGUAGACGAGCUGCAACUUUAGCUGAUGUUGCCAAUAUGUCGCCCUCUACCGAGAAGGAUAAUAAGGAAAAGGAUAUGUUACUGCAACAAGUAGAGGCUAGAGAUCUCAUUGAUUUUGGCAUGAUACCAGAAUUUGUUGGCAGAUUUCCUGUGCUUGUGCCUUUUCAUACACUUGACAGAGACAUGCUAGUAAGAAUUCUUACAGAGCCAAAAAAUGCCAUCGUUCCUCAAUUUCAAAUGUUGUUUUCAAUGGACAAGGUGGAGCUAACAUUCGAUAUUAACGCAUUGAACGCAAUCGCCUCUUUAGCAAUGGAAAGAAAAACGGGAGCACGAGGUUUACGUGCGAUUAUGGAAUCGUUACUUUUAGAUCCUAUGUUUGAAGUACCAGGAAGUGAUGUGAUGUCAGUUCAUAUAACAGAACAAUGUGUAAAAGGUCAUGAAAAACCCCAGUAUGUGAGACGAGGUGAUAGCAAUGAAGAUGAACUUCAAGCACAGCAUGUACAUAGUUAACAAAUAACUAAAGAAUGUAAAACUUUGGUAUAAUUAUUUCUUUAACAAUAGAUAGACCAUGUUUGAGAAAGAAAUUAAAUUAGAACAUUUGUAAACUGUUAUUUCAAUUAUUUUAUAGAAAAUAUUAUAUAUUUUCGCGUAUAUACAUAAUUGUCUUAUAUAUGAAAAAAUAGUAUGAACAACGCAUACAUAUAUACAUCUUUCAAACUAUCCUGCAUAUUCUUUAAUCUUUAUACAAACAUCUUUGUUCAAAUUUAAAUCAUUUCUUUAAGUUUAUUACUUUAAUGUUUUUGGUAUACACGAAUGCAAGUCAAGAAUGCAACCAUAAUUAAAUAUAUAUCAUUUAAUAUUAAAAAGAAAAGACAUGCACAUAUAUAUAUAUAUGUGUAUAUGUAUAUGUAUACACGCGUAUUUGCGUGUAAUUUUUGGCUGUUUUAUGAUAAAAAUAUAAAUACCUUAACAACAACCGAAAAUGAGAGAAUGCUAUAUUAUAUUAUUAAGAUUAUCAUGUAUCCCGUGUAUAUUAAAUAUCUCUUUAAAUAUUAAAUAUCUUUUUCAAAAGAUAAUAUUCUAACGUUCAGGUGAAGAAUAUGUACAAAUUUAAUCUUACUUGAUACUAAAAGAAUGUGAAUAAAUUUUACAUUAUUUAAAUCA